AUGAAGAACUUGGGGUGGAAGGGAUCAACAUCUGGAUUCUCAGCUUAUUCAACUGCAGAAGAAGUUACAACUUACAAGAGGAAUUUAACUGGUCUCACUGACAUUGUUACAGGUUUUGUAGUUCCCUUGAUUCAUUUCAUUGUGUGUUGCUUACAACUGCUCAUGAGAAUGCACAAUCUAAAUGACAUCAGGACUCAGGAGCGUCAAAGGAGCGCUGGAGUAGAGCCGGCGCGCGUUCUUGCUGUGAGGAAUAUGGAUGCUGGGAGGAAUGUGAAAGAGGCAAUACCGAAGGAAAGCCCCAACGCCAAGAUUGAUGUCAUGGAACUAGACCUCAGCUCAAUGGCAUCUUGUUUAGGCGUUUUGGGUGCUAUUUCAAAGGUCAAAAGAGGUGCUACAGCAUCCAGUGAGGACGGUACUGCUUAUGAGUUCAUUAUUAGAAUCAGCAGAAUGUGGUUUUUUGGACGGAAAGGGCCAUCUGGGUUCUCAGCUUCUUCUACAGCAGAGGAAGUUACACAGGGAAUUGAUGGAAUUGGUCUCACUGCCAUUGUUACAGGAGCAUCGAGUGGUAUUGGUGCGGAGACAACGCGUGUCCUUGCACUGCGUGGUGUCCAUGUAGUUAUGGCAGUGAGGAACCUGGAUGCUGGCAGGAAUGUCAAAGAAGCAAUACUAAAGGAAAUUCCCAGUGCUCAGAUUGAUGUUAUGGAGUUAGACCUAAGCUCAAUGGAAUCGGUGAGGAAGUUUGCAUCCGAAUAUACUUCCUCGGGUCUUCCUUUGAACAUCCUCAUUAAUAAUGCUGGGGCUCUGUCAUCGCCGUCCAAGCUUUCUCAAGAUAACAUUGAACCGCUAUUUGCAACCAACCAUAUAGGUCAUUUUCUAUUGACAAACAUGUUACUGGAAAUCAUGAAAAAAACAGUGCAAAACAGCAAGCAAGAAGGAAGGAUCAUCAAUGUAUCAUCAGUAGGUCACCGUAUUGUGAGUCGUGAAGGAGUUUGUUUUGAUAAAAUCUAUGACGAGGCAAGUUGGUUUUCAUAUGGACAAUCGAAGCUUGCUAACAUAUUGCACGCCAAUGAGCUUGCAAGGCGCCUGAAGGAAGGAGGAGAAGAGAUAACUGCUAAUUCACUACAUCCCGGAGCAAUCCAUACCAAUCUUCUGCGUCACCAAGGUUUUGUUAAUGCUCUUUUCAGCUUGUUUGGUAAAUACAUGACAAAAAAUGUUCAGCAGGGAGCAGCAACAACAUGCUACGUUGCAUUACAUCCACAAGUUAAGGGGAUAAGCGGAAAAUAUUUUAUGGACAGCAACAUAGCAGAACCAAGCUCUCAGGCUAAAGACGCAGAAUUGGCCAAAAAGCUAUGGGAUUUCAGCUUGAGCAUCACCGAAAAAAAGUAG